AUGGUGCGAGGAAAAGAUCUGAUCAUUGCUUUUGGAAACGACUUAGGGAAUUGGGAUUGGAGACUUGAUGACGAUUCUAGGGAGGUGGCAGAGCUGUGUUCAUCAUGGAUGCUUGACAUUGGAGCAGAGAUGGGAGCAGGAGUGCUGAAGGCACGGAGUGUGUAUGCAGCGUAUCUGGUGUACAAACUGAGGGAGACAGCGGAGGGGUUGGAGAAGGUCAAGGGGAUAAUCAGGUUCGUGGAUGAUAAAUCGGAUAUGGAGGGUGCGGGAGAACGAGUGGUGCAUCUGCAUCCUGGAUGGAGGUGGAGAUUGGAUUCUUCUACGUUGGAAGAGAAGACGGAGCAGUGGAGGCGCGGUUGCUGGAGACCAAGAGAUGGAAAUGUGGGCUUAUUGUUCAAGGCAUUGCGUUCCGCCCUUGUUCUACCUAUCCACAAACACCUCUUCUUUCUACUAAAUUCAAGUCCACUCCAGUGUGGGCGUAGAUACACCUCUUGA